AUGAGUCACCGUUGGGCGGGGAGUCUGCCAGCAGCCACCAAUGGGAGCGCCGUAUUCGCGUUCGCCCCGCCCCAAGGGAUGCCGGAAGUCCGCCUUCCGGCCACAGCCGCCUGCAGUCUGAGCAGCCAGCAGUCGUUGCCCCCGCCCCCAGUGGUGUGCCUGCGUGUACAGGUCUUGUUUUGGAGAAGGCCACAGGCCCCCCCCCCCCCGAGGCUGGAUGUGUUCGGAGUCCAGACUGCUCGGAUUUGGAGAGGAACUGGGGCACCGAUCGGCACGUCCCCAGCGGGCCUGGAGCGCAGUCCGGCACAGCCUGGAACAGGCCUACUGCCCAAGGGAGCACGAACCCUGAACAGCCCUCCUUUAGCUCCUGUACACAGACAAGGCAGUGCCAGAAGAAUGGGCACCAUGACCGAUGUGCACCGGCGAUUCCUGCAGCUGCUGAUGACUCACGGUGUGCUGGAGGAAUGGGACGUCAAGCGCUUGCAGAACCACUGCUACAAGGUUCACGACUGCAAUGCUCAAGUAGACAAGUUGGAGGACUUCAUCAACAACAUUAACAGCGCCUUGGAGUCCUUGUAUAUUGAGAUAAAGAAGGGAGUCACAGAAGAUGACGGGAGACCCUUCUAUGCGCUGGUGAAUCUUGCUACAACUCCAGUUUCCAAAAUGUCCACGGAUUUUGCAGAGAAUGAACUGGAUCUCUUCAGAAAGGCUUUGGAGCUGAUUGUUGAUUCAGAAACUGGCUUUGCAUCUUCCACAAACAUUUUGAACCUGGUCGAUCAACUGAAAGGCAAGAAGAUGAAGAAGAAGGAAGCUGAGCAAGUGCUGCAGAAGUUCGUGCAGAGCAAGUGGCUGAUCGAGAAGGAAGGGGAGUUCACCCUGCACGGCAGGGCCAUCCUGGAGAUGGAGCAGUACAUCCGGGAGACCUACCCUGACUCCGUGAAGGUCUGCAACAUCUGCCACGGCCUCCUCAUCCAGGGUCAGAGCUGCGAGACCUGUGGCAUCAGGAUGCACCUGCCCUGCGUGGCCAAGUACUUCCAGUCGAACCCUGACCCGCACUGCCCGCACUGUAAUGACUUCUGGCCGCAUGAGGUUCCAGAAGUCUUCGACCCCGAGAAGGAGAGGGAGGCUGCUGUCUCCAAGGCCAGCCGCAAGUCCUUGCGGUCCCGGCAGCAUUAGGCCGUGUGCCUGUGUGAGGGUGCACGUCCCUCCAGAUGCCCGCAUGGGGUGGGCACGCUGCGCACCCCCGCCCCCCAGUCUGUGUUCCCGAGGACAGGUUUGGAAUAAAGCCAUGCCGAGGGGUUGCUGGGUGCAGGCUUGCAUCUGGCCGCCUUCUCGGGAACAGAAGUCUAACUGAA